GGUGGCGGAGAAGUCUAUAUAUCCGUCAGACUUCACUCCCAUCUUCUUGCCAGUGGAAUUUCAGCUCAGCUCCUGUACCUUCAGGGCAGACGAACACAUAAAAUAAGUAAAAGCUGGCAGGCUGACGGGAACUUGCAUUUUUACAGGACGGAUUAUCUGGUAACUGACCAUUUAGCUGUGGCACACUCGGACUCUGUGUUUGACGUGGGAUCUUAACCAUGAGCUCAGUCGCUGUACUUACGCAGGAAAGCUUUAUUGAGCACCGCAGUGGGCUUUUGCCAGAGCAGAGCGGUGCUGCUGGAGGCCCCAGUGCUGGAGAGGAUGAGGACGAACUUCCUACCUACAAGGAUGCCUUCCCACCUCUCCCUGAGAAAGCGGCUACACCUGAGGGGACGCAGGAAACUGCCAAUGCCUGGACAUCAAAGAUUCGCCCCCUCAAGUCCUCUAUUAUUACCCAGGUUUUCCAUGUGCCGCUGGAGGAGCGUAAGUACAAGGACAUCAACCAGUUUGGAGAAGGAGACCAAGCGAAGGUCUGUGUGGACAUCAUGCACAAGACCGGAGCCCACCUGGAACUCUCCUUAGCUAAAGACCAGGGUCUCUCUAUCAUGGUUUCUGGAAAGCUGGAUGCUGUGAUGAAAGCCCGCAAGGAGAUUGUGUCCCGACUGCAGACUCAAGCUUCAGCCACUGUCGCCAUCCCAAAGGAACACCAUCGUUUUGUCAUUGGCAAGAACGGGGAGAAGCUUCAGGAGCUGGAGCUCAAGACCGCCACCAAAAUCCAGAUCCCACGACCUGACGACCUCAGCAAUCAAAUCAAGAUCUCUGGUACAAAGGAAGGCCUUGAAAAGGCAAAGCAUGAGAUCCUGUUGAUCUCUGCUGAGCAGGACAAGCGUGCCGUGGAGAGGGUGAACAUUGAUAAGGUGUACCAUCCAUUUAUUACCGGUGCCUAUAGUAAGCUAGUCGGAGAGAUGAUGCAGGAAACCAGUGCUCGCAUCAAUGUUCCCCCUCCAAGUGUGAAUAAGACUGAGAUUGUCAUCACUGGGGAGAAGGAGCAAGUAGCCCUCGCUGUGGCUAUGAUCAAGAAGAUUUAUGAAGAGAAGAAGAAGAAUACGACCACGAUUGCGGUGGAGGUAAAGAAGUCUCAGCAUAAGUAUGUUGUUGGCCCCAAGGGAAACACCCUGCAGGAGAUUCUGGAUAGAACUGGUGUCUCGGUUGAGAUCCCACCUUCUGACAACAGCUCAGAAACUGUCAUCCUUCGUGGGGAGCCUGACCGCCUGGGGCAGGCCCUCACUGAAGUUUAUGCCAAGGCAAACAGUUACACUGUUUCCUCGGUGUCAGCUCCUUCUUGGCUUCAUCGCUUCAUUAUUGGCAAAAAGGGACAGAACUUGGCUAAGAUCACCCAACAAAUGCCCAAGGUGCACAUUGAGUUCACUGAGGGAGAAGAUAAAAUCACCUUGGAAGGACCAACCAAAGAUGUGCAAAUGGUGCAGAGUCAGAUUGAAGCCAUUGUUAUAGAUUUGGUAAGUCGAAUGGACUAUGCAGAGAUCAGUGUGGAUCCUAAAUUCCACCGUCACCUGAUUGGAAAAGGAGGCGUCAACAUCAACCGCAUCAAAGAGCUGCACAAGGUGACUGUCCGCAUCCCCCCUGACAACGAGAAGAGCAACCUAAUCCGUAUAGAGGGGGAUCCCCAAGGUGUGCAGGAAGCCAAGAAAGAGCUGUUGGAGCUUGCAUCACGCAUGGAGAACGAGCGUACAAAGGACUUGAUCAUCGAACAGCGUUUUCACAGGGCCAUUAUCGGUCAAAAAGGGGAGAAGAUAAAGGAAGUGCGGGACAAAUUCCCAGAGGUCAUUAUCAAUUUCCCUGACCCAGCACAGAAGAGCGACAUUGUUCAACUUAGAGGCCCACGGAAUGAGGUUGAAAAAUGCUCAAAGUUCAUGCAGAAGAUCGUGGCUGAAAUGGUGGAGAACAGCUACUCCCUCUCCGUUCCCAUUUUCAAGCAGUUUCAUAGAAACAUAAUUGGAAAAGGAGGAUCGAACAUCAAGAAGAUCCGAGAGGAGACCAACACUAAAAUUGACCUGCCUGCGGAAAACAGCAACUCUGAGAUGAUCCUCAUCACAGGGAAGAAGGCAAACUGUGAAGCUGCAAAGAACCGCAUUCUGGCUAUUCAGAAAGAACUGGCCAACAUUACAGAGAUGGAUGUGUCCAUCCCCUCCAAGUUGCACAACUCCUUGAUUGGGUCGAAGGGCCGUUUAGUGCGCGCGAUCAUGGAGGAAUGUGGUGGGGUGCAUAUCCAUUUUCCCACAGAGGGUGCAGGGAUAGAUAAAGUCACCAUCAGAGGUCCUGUAGAGGAGGUAGAGAAAGCAAAGCAGCAACUGCUUGCUUUGGCAGAGGAAAAGCAAAUAAAGAGUUUCACUGCUGAGCUGCACGCAAAGCCAGAAUACCACAAGUUUCUCAUCGGAAAAGGUGGUGGAAACAUCCGAAAGGUCCGUGACAGCACCGGAGCCAGAAUCAUUUUUCCUACCUCUGAGGACAAAGACCAAGAGCUCAUCACCGUGGUUGGGACUGAGGAGGCAGUGCGGACAGCCCAGAAGGAGCUAGAGGAGCUCAUCAAGAGUUUGGACAAUAUUGUAGAGGACACCAUGAGUGUCGAUCCCAAGCACCAUCGCUACUUUGUGUCUCGCCGUGGUCAAGUCCUCAGGGACCUUGCUGAUGAAUAUGGUGGUAUUAUGGUGAGCUUCCCUCGAACUGGUUCUCAGAGUGAAAAGGUCACCCUUAAAGGAGCCAAAGAAUGUGUGGAGGCAGCUAAGAAGCGCAUGCAGGAGAUUGUUGAGGACUUGGAAGCUCAAGUGACCAUUGAGUGUGUGAUUGCUCAAAAGUUCCACCGGUCCAUCAUGGGUCCCAAAGGCUCACGGAUUCAGCAGAUCACUCGGGACCACAACGUGCAGAUUAAAUUUCCGGAACGUGAGGACCCACAAGCAGCAUCUCCUGCAGAGGCUCCUGUUCAAGAGAAUGGAGAGGCUAACGGUGAAGUGAAGGAACCAGUCGAUCCAAAUGCUCCCAAAAAGUGUGACGUGAUUUUGAUUUCUGGACGUAAAGAGCGUUGCGAUGCUGCCGUGGAAGCAUUGAAGGCCCUGGUUCCGGUCACAAUCGAGGUGGAAGUGCCUUUCGAGCUUCAUCGAUACAUUAUUGGACAAAAAGGAAGUGGAAUUCGUAAGAUGAUGGAUGAAUUCGAGGUAAACAUUCAAGUGCCUCCUCCUGACCAGCAGUCUGAUAAAAUCGCCAUCACUGGCUUGGCCUCUCACCUUGAACGCGCUAAAGAAGGCCUCUUGGAGCGUGUCAAGGAGCUGCAGGCUGAGCAGGAGGAUCGGGCACUCAAGAGCUUCAAGCUGACCAUCACUGUGGACCCAAAGUAUCACCCAAAAAUCAUUGGCCGCAAAGGCGCCAUUAUCACAAACAUCCGCACAGAGCAUGAUGUUAACAUCCAGUUCCUAGAGAAGAAUGAUGAAAACCAGGAUCAGAUCACUAUUACAGGGUAUGAGCAGAAUGCCAUAGCUGCACGAGAUGCCAUCCAGAGUAUUGUGGACGAGCUGGAAGAGAUGAUCUCUGAGGACAUCACCCUGGACAGUAGAGUUCAUGCCCGCAUUAUUGGAGCGCGUGGCAAGGGCAUCCGCAAGAUCAUGGACGAGUUUAAGGUUGAUCUGAGGUUUCCACAGAGUGGAGCUGCAGAUCCAAACCUUGUGACAGUAAUAGGUCGCCCUGAACAUGUGGAUGAAGCCAUUGAUCAUCUGCUGAACCUGGAAGAGGAAUAUUUGUCGGAUUUUGUGGAAAAUGAGGCAAAGAUGGCUUACAUGAGGCCACCUGGUGGCAGUGUUGCUGCUGCAGAUGACCAGCGAGGCCAGUCCAAAGGUUUUGUGGUUAGGGAGGCUCCUUGGGCCAGCAACAGCGAGAAGGCCCCUGACAUGAGCAGCUCAGAAGAUUUCCCAAGCUUUGGAGCUCCAGUCCAAGCAAAGGCUUCACCCUGGGGACCCAAGCGCUUUUAAGCCAUGCUGCUACAGAUUGGCAUAAACACAACUAGUCAAAUCUUCCCUGUCUGACCCCUUCCCAACCCCUCAAUACCCACCUCUGGACCUGGACUGACUGCUGACCCUCCAAGUCUUCUCAGAAUAUCAUCCUCCAUCAUGGUCUACCCUUCAGGGUCACCAGUCCAAAACAAAAGCUUUCAGAUACUGUAAUUCAUUGUGAGCUUUGUGUCUGCGUUAACUUGUACUGUCUCAAGCCUAAAUGUGACAGUUACGUUGCAGUUGAGACUUAUGUUUUUAAACGUUUAGACCAGACUAUUCACUGCAGUUUAAACUUCUAUACCAAAUUGUGAUAACCAGACAGCACUACUUUUUAUGAGUUGCCCUGAUCUUGGUUGCCUUUGCAGGAAGGGGGGUUAAUUAGUGCUAUUCAGACUUUAAGAUCAGCUGUUGAAGGUUCCCAUUCCCUUCCUGCUUCAUUCAUGUAGCUGAGUGAAAAUUAUGUAGUCAUCUGUUUCCAAGCACACUAUAGUGGCUGUCCAGUCAUGUCCUUUCUUGUGCUCGUACCCAUGCUGCUGUGCAAAUGAUUAAACUUUUGCUCCCA